AUGACCACUGCCGUCUCUAGUCGUACUGGGAAAAUAUCAACAGGAUCUAACUCUGCUUGUCAAGAGAGUCCACCUGAUCGUAUCGUAGCCUCGUAUGCAGCUGCUGCACACGCUGUGGCGCUUGCUAAGCAGCAGCCUCUUUCUAAUGCGGCUGAGGCCUUCCUAUCUUCUGUUUCACCGAGUGGUGCUGGAUCAAGUAGCAGUAAUAGUUCGGUCUCGCGCUCAGGAAAAACGAAUGGAGGUGGUAGUCGCCGAUAUGCUUAUUCUAAUAAUCCUCAGCUUCACAGUAGGCCCAACUUAGCAACCACAGUUAAGGUUUCGAGCACCACGUCAUGUUCGUCACGCACUCCCGGCAUUAAUUCUAAGGCGGUUUCACCUCAAACGCCUGGUCUGACUGGAGCAAUCCUCACUACAUCUUCAAGCACAAUCGAGCCGAAUAAGAUGACUGCUUGUGCUAAUAGCAAAGCGCGAUGUGGUUGGUCGCGGAUCGUUGACAGAUUAGCUGCAUCAGUUACAUAUAUUUCGUAA